AUGGGGAACGACUGGUCGGCGCGAACAAAAUCGGAGAAAGGGCAGGUGCUGAGUAGUCAGAGCUAUGGUGAAUGGUCUCCCAGUAAAACUGCAUCUAGAUUUCCCAGUUUUUUAGCGCCUAGACCUUUCCCUGACUUCGUUCCCAAUUUCACAUUCCCUAAAUUCGAUCCAACUCUUUUCCUGGCAGACAUUGGUGCUGAAGAUAUAAAUUUGAACAAUCUUGUAAAGAAAAAGAGGCAAAACAGCGUACCCAAAAGUCGGCUCUUUGUAUAUGGUCCCGAUAAGAUGCGCUAUUUGAUGCAGUUUCGACCAGCAAACCCUGAAUUCACAUUCGUUUAUGCCGAAGACAGACCCGCUGUUGAAGCUCAGAAAACGCGUUCGACUCAAUCUCAUGCGAUUGAAAAAUUUGUAAGACUCAAGGAUGGCAUUCUUAAUAGCAAAUUUUACAAGAGGACAUUCAUCAUUGCUACAAAUCAACAUAAGACAUCCAGCCAGGUACCCAGCUUGCACUGCGAUGAAAAUUUUGAAAGCCAAAUAUUCAUCGAGAAGGAUGGCAUGGAAUUCCUACUGUCAAUAAAGGGAGACCUAACCGUGGCAACCUAUUUUAAGUAUGAGGCUCCAUUCAACUAUUUGGGUCUUUGUAGAGCUUCCUUGUUGAUGAAAAUAGACUCGGAGGGUGAUAUAUGUCGAGUAUGCUUCGAUUUGGUAGACUUAGAUUGUGCGAGAAUAAUUCUGAAGACAUCAAAAAGCUCUCAGACCACAGAUCCCUACAUUUACUACAAAAUGCGUGGUAUAAUCGGUUCCUCUGUGUAUGUUCCUGUCCCACUCUCGACCUACUUCUACAAGGAUCCGAUGACUGACAUUCGGCUGCAAAGCCACCGACAGCUGCUGAGGGGUGUGGAGCCUGAGUGGAUGACAGAAGUGAGGCGUAAACGUCUUUGCCGCCCAAAGAAGGUAAAGGCAGAUCCGAGAUAUCCGGGUUCCCUUGUCUCCAGCUUUAUUGUGGAGCAAGGGGGAUACGUUUACAAGGCCUGCACAGGUCUCUUGAGGGCCAAGCUAAUUCACGGAUUUCCUCUUUAUGACGAGUUUGUAAGAACACAUCUUUCAGAGGAGGAAAAGUUUUCAGAAAAAGCACUUGAUUUAUCUGAUAAUCCAAGUUUUUUGAAGAUUUGA